AUGAGAAGACCUUUGCUUUACUACGAUUACCUGCAGUAUUUUCCGAAUCCUUCACUGCCAAGAGUUCCAGUGGUCCCAAGUUAUCAUGUAUCCAGUGGUCCUUUAAAACUUCACAAUCCAAACCAAAAUUCUCCACCCGAGCAGCCGCAGAAGAAACCUUCAUUAUCUGGACCCAGUUUGCCUUCAUCCCCACCAAUAAAUAGGAGCCCGAAAUAUCAAGAUUCAAAACCAAAAAACGCAUUACCUCGGGGAUAUUCUGAUCAGGCUUAUUUCAGGGAUCCUGAGUUACAGCAACCUGGGAAACAGACACCGGUCCCUUACGAUCCCAUAGUGAAAGACCCUAAUUUACAGGACUGUGACGUGACAGGAGUCCAAAGGAUCCGAUGUGGAAGUCUGGAUAUUUCUGCCGCUGAAUGUGAAGCCAUUAGCUGCUGCCACGAUGGUCGAAAUUGCUACUUUGGUAAAAGUGUGACUGUCCAGUGCACCAAAGAUGCUCAGUUCAUUUUGGUGGUGGCCAGAGAUGCCACCCUUCCCAAUAUAGACAUCAACACUAUUUCACUGUUGGAGGAUGGUCCUGGCUGCACACAGAUUGACUCCAAUUCUGCUUUUUCCAUUUACCAGUUUCCUGUGUCUGCCUGCGGUUCUGUCAUUAUGGAGGAUGCUGAUAAAAUCAUCUAUGAGAAUAGAAUGACCUCCUCAUAUGAAAUUUCAGUGGGGCCUCUGGGUGCCAUAACCAGGGACAGCAGCUAUGAGUUACUCUUCCAGUGUAGAUACACAGCGACGUCAGUUGAGACUCUGAUAGCGGAAAUGCUCCCAUACCAGCGUCCUCGUUUCUCAGUUUCUGCUCUGGGCCCCAUCAAUGUGCAGCUGAGGUUGGGUAAUGGAUUAUGCCUGAUAAAGGGUUGUAACGAAGCUGAAGUGGCCUUCAACUCUUUCUAUACGAACGACGACUUCCCCGUGAGCAAAGUCUUGAGGGACAACGUGUACGUGGAGGUCAAACUUAUGGACAGGACUGAUCCCAACCUUGUCCUCACCCUUGGUCGCUGUUGGACCACCACCAGUGCCAAUCCUCACAGCAUGCCACAGUGGGACCUUCUGAUCAACGGGUGUCCAAACCUUGAUGAUCGCUACAUGGCUAUCCGGGUCCCCGUUCAUCCCGGCCCCGGUGUGGACUUCCCGAGUCACCACAGGCGCUUUAUUUUCAAAAUGCUUACCUUCGUAGAAAUGAACACACUACAGCCCCAGAGUGAACAUCUGUACAUUCACUGUAGCACAUCUCUGUGCAACGCAGCUUUUGGUCCUUCCUGUGAGCCCAUAUGCUCCAGGAGAAAGAGAGAUGUGAAGUCUGUGGCCGAGACGAAAGAGCAAACGAGGAUCGUGGUCUCUGCUGGACCGCUGGUCAUGAUCAAACCCUGAACGGCAAAUGGAAGAGAUCACAUUUGACCGGAACUUUGAAAGCAUUUGGAACCUGAACACUGUUAAGUCAUUAGUGGCGUGGAAGAUGAACAGCCGUGCGUAAAAUGGUAAUGGCUGCAAAAAAAGGGGGGGGGCGGGGGGGGGGGUAGAACUGACUGACGACUCUCCAAGUAACUGUCUUGAAA